CCAUCCAUAUAAAAAAACAAUGUUGUGAGUUGUGACCACCCACUCCCAUUUCUCUCACUCUCCCCACUCCACCUUUUGCACAGUGAGAGUCCUUUUCUUUUUUUGCUUCAUCUCUUUCAUGUAAAAUCCCACCUUAGUACUUCCUUAUACACAUCUCCUGAAACUCCCCCUUUUUAGUUUAAAGCAAACGCACAGAGAAAAAGGAAAAAAAUAAAGCUCCCUCCCCAUACCAUAACAUAAAAAAGUUCUCUUCAACUUCCAAGUCAUUUCCCUUUGCUUUAUUUUCUUUCUUUCUACAAAGAAAAUGAGAGUCGAGUUGAAAACCCGACUUUGCACGUUAAUUAUAACUCUACUUUAUUUAUGCACCGGUUCAUUUGCCGGUUUACUUGCUGAACCGGCUGAACCAUUAAAACCGGGCGAUUACAACACUGUUCCAGCAUUUCCAGUUCAAACGGAGUCAAAAACAUGCCAUUUAGAUUUAUCCGAUGAACUCUUCGGUGGGGUCAGUGCAGCAUGUGGGUCAAACCUUGACCGUAGCCGUUGCUGCCCCGUACUCGAGGCAUGGUUGUUUGCAGCACACGCGCGGUCAGCUUUGCAAAUUUCGGGUGCUGUCGCACCAGCUAGUUCGGAGUUGCCUAUGAUGCCUGAUGACUCACAGAAAUGUGUUAAUACGUUACAGACUUCUUUGAUGAGUCGUAAUAUAAGGUUGCCUCAACCUAAUGCCACGUGUGAUGCUGUGUUGUGUUUUUGUGGUAUUAGGCUACAUCAGAUUACUAGUCUUAGUUGUCCGAUGGCGUUUAAUCUUACGGGGUCCAAGAAUGCUACUCCGACUGCUGCUGUGAGGAAUCUGGAGAAGAAUUGUCGGAACUCUUCUUAUUCUGGUUGUACAAAGUGUCUCGGUGCCUUACAAAAGCUUAACGGUGACAGAAAAAAUCGAACACACAAAAUGGAGGAUCACGAUGGCGAUAGUAGAGUGAGCAAGAUGUUAAGUAGAGACUGUCAGUUGAUGGGAUUGACAUGGUUAUUAGCACGUAACAAGACGGCGUACAUACCGACUGUUUCUGCUGUAUUGCGCGCUAUCAUGUACAGUGCGCACCCACCACAUGAAUCUAAGUGUAGUCCAGACCAGGAAAACAUGCCAUUAGCCGUUGAUUCAUUACAGUUCGUAAAAACAGAUUCAUCCUCACCGUUCGUUGGGGUUUCUCGUUUUGCUGUUUUGUUUCCCUUUUUGGCCCUAAUCAUUCUGGUUGAUUUUCUCUUAUGUUAGAGAAGAAGAAUCCCUCUAUUAUUUUUGUUCACGUGAAAAGCUAGUUGACAAAUUGGAUGGGUGUGGGGGUGGGUGAAAAAAGGGGUUAUUUUGUCUUUUUACCUCACUGUAAAUUCAGGUCAUUAUUUGCAAAGAUAAUUUCUUUUUGA